AAUAAACUUCGGUCAAUGGAAACCUGCCUAGGCUUCUUCUGUAUUCUCAUCACGCAGCGUGGUUUCUCUUUCCCUCAAGUCUCCGCCCCAUUACAAAAGUACACAUCAAACUCUCCAGAUCUGCCACAAGCAAAUAUAGCCAACGGAACAUUUCAGUGUCGUUGGAUUACACAGAAAAUCUCUUGGGCAACAUGCAAUCUACGGUGUUUACCAUCUUCAGUGUUAGCUGAACUUCCAAGUCCCAGUAACGUCAGGAUUACCUCCAUCAACAUGGGACUAGUGUUGGAGUGGGAUUCCCCUCAGAACCACACAGAAAACCUCACCUACAGAUCAGAAUACAAAUGGGGCAACGAUAGGGGCAGCUACCAGGCUGUAUGUUGGAACACAACAGCCCGAAGUUGUGACUUCACCAGUCAUCUAAACAAAUUUGGAGUGUACAUUUUCCAAGUGAGGGUAGAACGAGAGGGGGAGACAUCUCACUGGGUGGAGACGGAGGAGUUUGUCAUGGAUGAACACACCACCCUAGGCCCUCCCAGUGUGACGCUAGUCUCCAGUGGUGCUGAUAUUGAAGUGAGCAUCAACGACCCAGUGCUCAGGAUCUCUGAGUUUAAAGAUGUCUACAACCGUGUAACCUAUAACAUCACCUACUGGAAGGAGGGCCAGGAGGAGUGGGCAAAACCGAUGAAAGACAUCCAGCUGCAGAAAGUGGUCCUGGCGCUGGAGCCAUGGACCAGGUACUGUUUUCAGGUCUGGGUGGUCACCGAGAGGUUCGUCAAACACAGCCAGCCCAGCAACAUUACGUGUGAGAGCACCUCAAAGGGCAAGGACAGGCCCUGGGUGGUAGCCCUGGUGACGUUUGUGGUGAUGGCUGUGACAGUGGCCUUGCUGGGUCUGGCCUUCUGGCGCUGCUACAGGGUGGUCAGCUUCCUCAGACCCAAGGCCAAGCUGCCUGGACAUUUCACAGUGUACCUGUUGGAUCCCCCGUGCUCCUCCGUCCUGGCCUUGCAGAACAGCCCCCAGCCUGAUGAGGUGUACCACGAGGUCACCAUCAUGCCUGUGGGGACAGAGACAGAGGAGAGAGAGCUCCCUCUGUUGGACGGAACAACAUGAUGCACAUAACCAGACUGACUGACAAUACAGAGAAUGGCCGUGUUCGAGAGCAUCAACUGGCUGAUCUAUAAAUAAUAUUAAAGAGUUAUUUAUGAUGCAU